GAGGACAUGGAACUGAUCGCCGAAGUGUAUCGAUUGGCCGAUCGCUACCAAUUGGAAGCAUUGACUAAAGCUGUCGAAGAAUACUUGAAGGAAAUCAAAGUGACGGUCGAGAAUCUGCAGCCAAUCUCAAGAAUCGCUUUCAUGUUUGAGAUGAAAGAACUGAAGUUUAAGAUCAAGUUAUGGAUGAAAGACAAUCAGAGGAAGAUAUUGGCCGCACAUCAGGAAGCGCUCAAUGAGUUGAAUGCCAUUACAAACAACAUGUUGUUUGAGAUUCUUUGUCGAGACAAGAGAAGAAGUUUCUUAAGAAAGCCAUCAAUUUAUUGGACAUUACCGCCAAUUGUGGUCUCCAUUAGCUUUUCAUUGAUGGCGUGGAGAUCUCACGGAAGGACUAACGCAGAGAUGAUUCAAAAUCUGAAGAAGAAUGGUAUCAUAAAAGACAAUGGAGUGGAGCGGGCGAUGACAGAGAAUGGUAUCAUAAAAGACAAUGGAGUGGAGCGGGCGAUGACAGGUGUAGAUCGGGCUAACUAUUGCCCGAAUAACCCGUAUAUGGAUUCUCCGCAGGGCAUCGGUUAUGCGGUCACUAUUAGUGCCCCUCAUAUGCACGCACACGCGCUCCAACUUCUUAAGGAUCACUUAACUGAUGGGGCGAAAGCACUGGACGUGGGCUCAGGUUCUGGUUAUUUGACUGCUUGUAUGGCAUUAAUGGUGGGUCAGAGAGGAAUGGCUGUAGGAAUCGAUCACAUCCCAGAACUCGUCAAUUUGUCGGUCGAAAAUAUAAGGAGAGAUCAGCCAAACCUUAUUGAGUCAAAGAGAGUCAAAAUGAUUGUUGGCGACGGAAGACAGGGUUAUCCACAGGAAGCUCCUUAUGAUGCCAUUCAUGUCGGCGCUGCCGCUCCCACUCUUCCGCAAGCCUUGGUGGAUCAGCUGAAGAUUGGUGGUCGACUGAUUGUGCCGGUCGGGAGGGAAGGCUAUAAUCAAUCACUGGAACAGAUUGACAAACUGGCAGACGGUUCAAUCAGACGCGAGUCACUGAUGGGUGUCGUAUACGUGCCCCUCACUGAUAAGGACUCUCAGUGGCCCGGGAGGUGAAUCCAUUAUAAAUACAACAUUCAAUUAUUUAUGAUUUUUAUGAUUAGUUAUGAUUUGUUUUAUAUUCAAUUUUAACACAUUUUCACAUUUUAUUAUUUCUUUUUGGAAAAAGAGUAAAAUAUUAAUUGAAAUGUUUUUAGUUUUUGACACAAAAUAAAUUAUUUAAAUUUUCAUGAAUGAGUUGUAAAACUGAACCUUUCAAUAAUAGGGACUGUUUUGAGUGCUUCUAAUCUGUGAAAAUCAUUGCUCAUUGAAUUCUUCACUCAAACUUCACUAAAGAUCAUAAUAACUAACACAAAACUAUUCACUCAUUCAUUCAUAUUUGAGAAAAUAACAAAAAUUGUGUUCAAAAAUAUAAUAAAAUGUAUUAAUAAUAUUUAUACGGAAAAGGUAUAGAA